CCGGAGAUGCUGCAGCGCGACCCCUGCAGCGCUAGGACCCAGGAGCGGCCGGGAGGCGGCUGUGGGGCAGCGAGCGCUGGGCUCCGGCCCGGCAGCAGGAAGUGACUCGCAGCCGCUGCGGUGACUCUGGCUCCCAGGCUCCUGGCGAGAUCCCCGAGCCCCGGCGGCUGGUGCUGGGAGCCCGGAGCCCUGGCUGCAGCCGGGAGAGGGGAAUCUCCAGCAGGGCCCUUCCCGCUGCUCCCCAGGAGCCUCUCCCAGGGCAGAGCCCCCAGCCCGGCCCGGCCCCUGCCCCGGGGGGCCCCGCUCGGAGGGAAGGCCAAGGAAUCAUGUGCACAUUUCUCUCCAGAUGGUCCUGUCUUCCAGGAGAUGGAAGGGGAAUGGCUGUGAUGGAGACAGCUCAGAUGCCGAUGACCUUCGAGGAGGUGGCUGUGUAUUUCACCCAGGGGCAGGGGGCUCUGCUGGACCCCGCUCAGAGAGCCCUCUACAGGGACGUCAUGCAGGAGAACUAUGAGACGGUGACCUCGCUGGGAGUCCCCCUUCCCAAACCUGACCUGAUCACCCGGCUGGAACGAGGGGAAGAGCCGUGGAUCCCAGAGCUCCAGGCCUGUGAGGAAAGAGAGAUCCUGAGAUGCACCUGCACAGCAGGGGAAGUGGAAACAGAGGGGACCUUUGUGCAAAGAGCUGCACGGAAUUUUUCCCAGUGCUGAGAACAGAGAGAAGAGUGGGGAAAUUGGCAAAGGUCACAGAUGCUGCUGGGAAACCACUCAAGGAAGCAAAUGGAUGAAUCUAUUAUAUGUGGGGAAGGAUGCAGGGAUCCCACAGCCCAGCAGGCAACCUCCAAGGAAGACAAAUGCUAUGAAUGCCUUGGUUAUGAGAAAGGAUUCGUUCUGAGACCACAGCUUGUUACGCCACUGACAAUUCAUACUGGAGACAAAUCACUUCAGUGCUUGGACCAUGGGUAAAACUUCAAUAACGGCUCAGCU